AUGGCUACCAACUGGUCCGCUGGUAGAACUGUUUGGAGAAGGUGGCCCAGCGAACUCGGAAUUCCCUUGAACGCAAAGGUUGCUGAUGUGUCUAAUGUAACAUCUUGGGAUCUCCCUCACGCUAGAUCAGAAAAGGCUCUCCAACUUCACAUUGCCCUCACAUCUGUCUCUCCCCCGAGGAGCACAGACACAAACGACUCCUACAACUGGAAAGUAAAUGGUUCGAUCUGCAAUGGGUACUCCUCCUCUCAAACUUGGGAGGCGAUCAGGCCUCGAGAAUCAACUAAAGCAUGGGCACCAACAGUCUGGUUCAAAGGUGCUGUUCCCAAGCAAGCUUUUAAUAUGUGGCUCACUACACUCAACAGGCUCCCGACAAAAACUCGCCUGGCUUCUUGGGGUCUGAACAUCACCACUACAUGCAGUCUAUGCAACUCCGCAGAUGAAGCCAGGGACCAUCUCCUUUUGAACUGCAGGUUUGCCGUGUACCUUUGGGCUGCAGUCUUCGCAAGGCUCUCCCCUCGACAGCCACCGUUCAUAUCUUGGGCUGAGCUGCUCUCUUGGUGUAGAGUCCAAUCGCCAUCAGCGCCAUCUACCCUGCGAAGACUAGUCACCCACGUUCUUGUAUACCACGUAUGGAGACAGAGGAAUAAUUUUCUCCAUAACAAUACCCAUCUCUCUUCAGCCGAAACAUUCAAAUUAUUGGACAGAGAUGUGAGGAACACGACCACCGCUCGGCGCAACAAACGCAACUUCAACAACCUCAUGGCGCUUUGGAUCAGAUGA